CUUUGUCAAACGGGAAGUGUGUGAGACUGAGCCGAGAACUUCUCAUAAACACGCUUGGUUUGUCCCGGUUCACAGUCACCGGAGUGUCCGUCGGUACGGGGCUGGACAGCGGGUCGGAGUCCAGCGGGAUUUAGGAUUCAGACAGGCAGUCAUGGGCUCCAUGUUUCGCAGUGAGGAGAUUUGCCUGGUGCAGCUCUUCCUUCAGUCUGGCUCGGCCUACAAUUGUGUCAGUGAGCUGGGAGAACUGGGCCUGGUUGAAUUCAGAGAUUUAAAUCCCAAUGUGAACGCCUUUCAGAGGAAGUUUGUCGGCGAGGUCAGGCGAUGCGAGGAACUUGAAAAAACUUUAACCUUCCUGGAGCAGGAGAUCAGUCGCUCCCUGUCUCCACCCAUGAAGUGUCCCCUCCCUCCACCGUGCCCGACACCUUUGGCCCCUCAGCCACGUGAACUCAUCACCAUAGAGGAGGAGAGCGAGAGGCUGGCCAGAGAGCUCAAAGAGGUGUCCAGGAACAGAGACAGCCUCCGGGCUCAGCUGAUCCAGCUCUGUCAGUACCGAGGAGUCCUGACCAGGACGCACUCUCUCACAGCCUCACAGGCGCCACCACCGGUACUGGAAAGCCAAGGCCUGUUUGAUAACCGCCAAGAUGUCCACCUCAGUUUUGUGGCAGGAGUGGUCCAUCCUUGGAAAGUCCCCUCGUUUGAACGGUUGUUAUGGCGGGCAUGUCGUGGUUAUAUUAUUGUGGAUUUCAGAGAAAUGGAGGAUCGACUCGAGCAUCCAGACACGGGUGAAAUGGUGCAAUGGACAGUGUUCCUCAUCUCAUACUGGGGAGAUCAGAUCGGACAGAAAGUCAAGAAGAUAUGUGAUUGCUUCCGCACACAGACAUUUGCAUAUCCUGAGAGCACUACUGAGAGAGAGGAGAUACUUCAGGGACUUCAAGGCAGAAUUGAAGAUAUCAAAUCAGUGUUGUCACAGACCGAGUCCUUCCUGCAGCAGCUGCUGAUGCGGGCGGUGGCUGUGUUGCCACAGUGGAAAGUUCGUGUGCAGAAGUGUAAGGCGGUACAGAUGGUUUUGAAUCUCUGCAGCCCUUCCGUCACAGACAAAUGUCUGAUUGCUGAGGCUUGGUGUCCUGUCGCCAAGCUGCCUGAGCUGCAGAGCGCUCUGAGAGAGGGAGGGAGGAAGAGUGGCAGUGGUGUCGACUCUUUCUACAACCGCCUGCCUUCUUCUACUCCUCCACCCACACUGUUUCCCAUCAACUCCUUCACAGCUGGUUUCCAGAACAUCGUUGAUGCUUAUGGAGUGGCCAGCUACCGUGAAGUGAAUCCAGCGGUUUACACCAUAAUUACAUUCCCCUUCCUGUUUGCUGUGAUGUUUGGGGAUGUGGGUCACGGUUUACUGAUGACUCUGGCUGCCCUUUGGAUGGUCCUGGAGGAGAAGGACCCCAAACUCAGGAACAACAAAAAUGAGAUCUGGACCAUGAUGUUUGGAGGACGGUAUCUGAUUCUGCUGAUGGGGCUGUUCUCGGUCUACACGGGGGCCAUUUACAACGAGUGCUUCAGCAGAGGCCUCAACACCUUCGACUCGGCCUGGCACGUCGGCCCGAUGUUUGAGAACAACAUAUGGAAUGCAUCAGUCCUGGCAGGGAACCAGUACUUGACGAUGGAUCCGAAUACGACGGGUGUUUUCACCUCCCCGUAUCCGUUUGGUAUUGACCCGGUCUGGGGUCUGGCCAACAACAAACUAACUUUCCUCAACUCCUACAAGAUGAAGAUGUCCGUCAUCAUCGGUGUCAUUCAUAUGACUUUUGGAGUCUGCUUGUCAUUCUUUAACUACUGGCACUUUGGUCAGAUGAGCAGUGUGUUCUUCGUGCUGAUCCCUGAGCUGUUCUUCAUGCUGUGUCUGUUUGGCUACCUGGUGUUCAUGGUGAUCUUCAAGUGGAUCGCCUACACCCCAGACAAGUCCAGAAUCGCUCCCAGUAUACUUAUCCACUUCAUAGACAUGUUCCUCUUCUCAGACAACCCUGACAACCCAAAGCUCUACGAAGGACAGGCUGUGGUGCAGAAGAUCCUGGUGGUGCUGGCGCUGUGUUCUGUCCCGGUCCUGCUGCUCGGGAAGCCCAUGCAUGAAUACAUCACAUUCAAAAGAAGACGACGUCAAGUGCAGGAGGAUGACAGACGUCCUCUCAUGGCCGAUGAAGGCUCCAUCAACACUCGUCAGGGGGAGGUGGAGGGAGGAGGCGCUGAAGAAGAGGAGUUUGAUGCUGCAGACGUGUUCAUGCAUCAGGCCAUCCACACCAUAGAGUACUGCCUGGGCUGCAUCUCCAACACCGCCUCUUACCUCCGACUCUGGGCUCUCAGCUUGGCACACGCACAGCUGUCGGAGGUGCUGUGGGUGAUGGUGAUGCGUAUUGCCCUGAAGUGGCAGGGCUAUGUGGGAUCUGUAGUCCUCUUUGUGGUUUUUGCCUUCUUUGCUAUGUUAACCAUCUCCAUCCUGCUGGUUAUGGAGGGACUCUCAGCUUUCCUGCACGCACUCCGUCUGCACUGGGUGGAGUUUCAGAACAAGUUCUACAGCGGAUCAGGCUACAAGCUGAGCCCCUUCUCCUUCUCAUCUCUUAUCAAUGCAUCAGCUGCUAUAUGAUCUUCCAAACUAUUACUUUGCCAGACGGUUACGUUAACUUAUGUAUAUUAUUGCAUACUUGGACUGCAACCACACACAUCUGAAUGACUUUGUCUCUUGUCUUAAUAAUGGUAUUCUAUUGCCCGCAGGCUUUGAAACGGUUUAAUUUACUUGCACAAUGAUUACAAAGCAAAGACUGUUAUUUUUGCAUCAGUAGAAUGAGUCCCUAAAUAAUGAAUUACAAUUGCAUUAUAUGAAAUGAAAAAAUAUACUUUUGUAUCCCCUUGCUAAUUUUUUUCCCAUUAUCAGUGUUACAUUCUGCUUUCUAAUUACUCUUACAGUAGCUCAGAAAAUAGUAAUUUACUUUUCUCUUUAUAAACAUGUAUCAUAGACAUCCAUUAUGAAAAGGGAAAGCACACCAAUGAAUGACUCUGUUCUAUAGUUGAAGGGAAUGUAUGAUUGUUGAAUUGGUGUAUUAAUAAGCCAGCCCUGUAGAAUUGUUCAAAUUAUAACAGGGAAUUAUCUGAAUGAUUUUCAUGAGCCAAAGACAUUUUCCCGUCAUUGUCAUGUCUUCCAAGCAUCAAGCAUCUUCCAACACAUAACAGGUAUUUAUUGGUAGUAAAAGUUUUUGCAGGUGCCUUACUGGGACUGGAUGCUCGGUUAUCCAUUAGGUCUUUCAUAUCAUGCCACUAUUUUGAACAAACCUGUGCUGGGACAUUUCUGUCUUCUUUUCUGCCGGUUUGCACUGUAAAAAAUGGAUCAAAUCUGAACUGAAAUUAAAUAUGAUUUUCUUGUUUGAUCUUA